CUGACUAUUUCAUUUCUUCCUUUCUUCCUCUUUACUUCUACACUGAUAUUAUUUUCCCACCUUCCUUUUUCUAUCUCCAAUCUUGUUUGUCUAGUUCACAGGAAAAAGGGCCCUCCUUUGAACCUUCUCUGGACUAUGUUAAUCUGAAAGAAGUCACUUCACAUCAAGAAUGGGUUCAGGUGAUUGGUUUAAGACAAUAAUUAGGUUAAGAAGGUCAAAAGAUGGCAGAUCAAAGAAAGCAAAGGGUACCUUGACUCCGGAGAAACUAAGUGCAUUGAAGUCAAACAAUUAUACAGGAAAAGAGUCUAGUGGUUUAGCAAAUGGUUUUAGAAGUGAAAAUCUUGUGUCAGUUGAAACUAUUGCUGCAACAAGGAUCCAGACUGCAUUUCGGGCUUAUAAGGCUAGAAAAGCUCUACGUCGCUUGAAAGGGUUCACAAAACUGAAGAUCCUAACUCAAGGUUACUCUGUUAAAAAGCAAGCCGGUACAGCUAUAACAUAUCUACAUUCAUGGAGCAAGAUACAGGCUGAGAUUAGAGCUCGCCGAAUCUGUAUGGUGACAGAAGACAAGAUCAGGCGGAAGAAACUAGAGUCUCAACUAAAACUUGAGGCAAAGCUUCACGAUCUGGAGGUUGAAUGGUCUGGUGGUUUUGAAACCAUGGAGGAAGUCCUGGGAAAGAUACAUCAGAGAGAAGAAGCAGCAGUGAAGCGGGAAAGAGCUAUGGCAUAUGCCUUUUCUCAUCAGUGGAGGGCCAACUCUAGUCAGAGCCAAGUGCUAGGUAAUUAUGAAGUUAGCAAAGCUAAUUGGGGUUGGAGCUGGAAGGAACGCUGGAUUGCUGCUCGCCCAUGGGAAAGCCGUGUCUCAAGCAUAUCCAUUAACCCCAAGAAAGCUCAAAAUAUGCAGUCUAACAAGGUUCAGAAGGAUAAGAGCACUUUAACACCUAAAACUCCUAUUUCAGUUAAACCUCCUUCGGCCAAUGCAAAAGGGUCUCCUCCUUUUGGUAAUGCAAAAGGGACUACAAAAGCUAGGAGAUUGUCAUAUCCAGCAGCCACAGAAAAGACAGUGGUUCAAGAAGGAGUGCUAUGAUUCCUCAACAAUGGUUUGCUAAGACAAAGCACAUUUUUAAGUACCAAGUCCUUUUGUAUAACUUGAGUUGAGCAGAGUCAAAUUGAUUUUCAAUUGGUUAUACAGUCCAUAAAGUCAAUAUUAGAAGUCAUCUUAUUUAUUCAUUUUAUUGCUUUCAAUUUGUGCAUAUGAACGUGACUGAAAUUCAAACCACUGUAGAUAAUGGAUCAGCAGACCUGCAUGUGUGUGUGAUUUGUUGAUUGCUUCUGUUUAUCUUUUUCAAUCUUGUAUAUUCAACGAAGAGACAACU